AUGAAGUUCAUAAUAGUAAUCAGAUUCACUAAUGCUUUAUCAUCAAACGAACAAAUACAAGAUUUAUCAUUACCAAUAAGUAUAAAUUUUGAUAAAGAUGAUGUAAAUAAAUUAAUAAAUACAAAUUGGUUAAAAUCAUCAAUACGAAGUAAAGUUUCACAAUGUACAACCAAAAGAUUGAAAUUAAUAUAUAAUGGACGGGUACUUAAUGAAAAAACUGAUUUCGAAAAAGAUAUAUUAAAACCAAGAUUACAAAACUUAUCUGAUAAUGAUUCAAUAUAUAUUCAUUGUGUAGUAGGAGAACAAUUAACUCAACAACAAUUACAAGAAGAAAAUCAACUUGAUAAUCAAGCACAAGCAGUAACUACUACACCAAAUGUGAUAGGAUUUGAUAGAUUAUUACAACAAGGAUUUUCAAGAGAUGAUGUGACUGAUUUAAGAAGACAAUUCAUGUCAAUAUAUGGAGCUACAAAUUCAACUAGAUCAAAUAAUGAUAUAAUAGAUGUUGAAGAAGAUGAAAGUAGACAAAGAGAUCUAAGACAACUCGAGGAAAGAUGGAUUGAAUCAACUUCAAAUACUGACGCAAAUGCAACUACUACAACAACAAGAAAUAAUAACAACCUAAAUCAAGAUACAGAUCAACCACCACAAACUCCAUUAGAUAUGGAUGAAGUUCAUAUAAAUGAAGAUUUAUUAUUAGGAUUUUUAAUUGGAAUAUUCUUGGGUGUUAUAUCGGGACUUUUCAUCUUAGUUGAUGAUACCGUUUUUAACAAACGUCAAAAGAUGGCAAUUAUAGCUGGUCUAUCCAUCAAUUUUUCAUUAGCUUUAGUUAGAGGUUUAUGGUUAUAA